UGUUCAGUUAACCUCCACCGCUUCCUCACGAAACAACUAAUUGUGUAAUGGUUUUUCCAUUAAUGGUCUGGGACACAUAAAAGUUUAACAAAAACGCGGUUUAUGUGCGAUUAGGUUACGAAAGUUCUUAAGUGUAACGCAAAGAUGUUGCGGGUAAACUAAUCUACGAUGAAGAAAUGAACGCUAAUUCCAUUGUGCGUGCAUUUCCGAUGUGAAUUGUCCUUUUCUCGUUGAAUUAUUACGUUCUGUUUGAUGUGCCGAUUUUAAUGUCGAAGUUAUUGACUAUGAUGUUCAACUUGGGAGAUGUCAAGGUAUCGUACGAUGGAAAAACAAAAAGAUUCUUUAACGAGCUGCAACGUUGUGCUUCCAUACAUUAGUCAGUCCGUGGCUCGAACUUUAAAUCGCGAUGAUGUUGCUACCAUCGCUCCUAUGCGUUCUCUUCAUUCUAACUGCUGUUGAAUCCCAAAAGGCAGAAGGGGGAAGACCAAAAGCGAGGCAGGCACCCCAAUCACCACCCUCAACGUCAGACCAACGGAUGGGAUCGAGUACAACUCGACAGACUACCGGCGAUGUCGACCAGCAAUUGUCGCGGUUCGAGGUCAUGUUGGUUGAAAAAGUAGACAAUGUUCGAAUGGACUUACGCGGUUUUUCGCGAAAACUCCAGGAGUUAGAAUGGAAAUAUAGCGAAUAUGAGAAAACUUUGGAAACCUAUCAGGGAGAUGUUAGUCGAAUACAUGAGCAGAUUUCCACCCCAUCGACCCAACCCCAACCGCCGCCUCCACAGGAACCUCCGUCGUCGGGUUCUUCGUCACAACUCGAAGCGCGCGUCGAGAAUUUAGCGAAAGGAGUACAAAUUUUGAUCGCCGCAACAAGAGGAUUCACUUCCGAUGUCUUCGGGCUGAAGAAGAACGUUUCACUUCUGUUAAACGAUACUAGAUCGGUUCUUGCGUUCGCGCCUCAACUAGCCACAAAACAGAAUCUCAACAGUGGUCUUCUCGAAGUCCAGCAGCGCCAAGUUCAGUCAUGGUCCCUAAAUACCUGUCCAAAAAGCGAUACCGCUACCAGUAACCUUCCGCGAAAUUGUCGCGAGGUCUUCGCGGUCGGUCAGCGGAAAUCGGGCAUUUACCGUAUCCAUCCCGAUCCUUCGUCAAAACCAUUUAUGGUAGUCUGCGACCAGGAAACUCGGGGAGGAGGUUGGACAGUUAUUCACAACCGUUACGACGGUUCUCAUGAUUUUUACCAAAACUGGCACGAAUACAAGCACGGCUUCGGUAAUUUGGGCGGAGAGUUUUGGCUGGGCCUGGAUUACAUACAUCAACUCACUGGCUCGGACGUAAGCGAACUUUUAGUCGAAUUGCAAGAUUUGGACAUGGCAAGCAAGAGCGCUUAUUAUUCGGCCUUCAGUGUUGGACCUGAAACGGAAGGCUUUCCGUUGAAGGUGUUGGGAGGAUACAGCGGUGACGCCGGUGAUUCUCUACUAUACCAUGCAGGAAGUAAAUUUAGCGCGAAGGAUAUGGACCAAGACGGCUGGCCGGAAGGAAGUUGCGCUCAGGCUCACGGCGGGGCAUGGUGGUAUAGAAGCUGCGAUAUGAGUAACCUAAACGGAAGGUACCUCAGCGGCCAACUUCCCGAACAGUACAUCUACCAAGGAAUGUAUUGGGCCGAUUUUAGAGGAGCCCAGUACAGCCUUAAUCGUGCCAGAAUGUUAGUGAGACCUAGGGAACAAAUUAAUAGUUCGCUGGUAGACGAAAUUUUUAAUAGAAGUAACGCGAUGCCCACAUUUGUAAGGGGUCGUGUCUGAAAGUCCUCCAAGUAGAUCUUUUCUAAAUGCGCUUCUAUUCUUCAGUGCAAGUGCCGUUAAUCGAUUGUCCCACAGAGACAUUAAGUACAAACUGUUAAUUGAUUUCACUACAACUUGUAAAGGAUAUGUGAACAAUAAAGUCUCUUAAUUCUA